UUUGCUCUGCACCAAAUCAACAUCUCUCAAAAUGUACAGGACAGCAAUCAACAAUGUAGCCCGCGAAACGACAACAACAUUUACAGGUGGCGGCUUUCUUGCAAAAGAAGCCCGGUUUGCUCGAAACAUUGCCACUGAGCUUUAUUUCACACAAGAGCCUUCCGAAAGUCUGGGGUACGACUCAAACUGCCCCUGAUCAACGGUAAAAAACGUUAGGUAAGAGACGCAGAACACUUUUGAAUGGUUGUUUUCUCUUCAAUCUUAAUUUCUGGUACAGUCUGAUUACAUGUUCUUAAUAAUAUCUAUUUUUUCUUUCUUUUUCAUAAUUCCAGGCCGCGAUGCUGCUUGGGAUCACUUCUUCCCUCCCUUUUACUUUUUCUUUUAGGGCAUCUCAUGUCAGCGGACUGCCCAAAGUGUACAGCGAGUGUGCGGGUUUGAGGGUUGGCCGCCUUUGGAUCUGCUGUGCAUGGCGGGCUGAUAUGAGCAUGCCUAGUGGUCCUAAACCGUAACCGGCACUAAGUAUAUGCCCUCUGCGAGUAUUCAGAGUAAGCGAGGACGAAUCCCUACUUGUCCG